AUGACCACAUUACCCCGAUUGAUGAAAACCCGUUCAUUGUCUUCCAACAUAUCUCUUGAAGAGGGUAUCCGACUCCCAAGGGAAAACCAAAGCACGGCGGGCUCAGGGUGUAUAAUCCUUACCCAUCUCUGGAGAAAAAACAGCUUCUUUGUGGUUGGUUGUGACACGAAAGCGUACUUAUUCGGUGGCCGGGAAGACCAAAGUACACAACUGGCUGCGUCUCCGUAUGUCGAAAGAAAAUUGGUGGCUACGCCAUUGACAAGAACGAGUCUUGCUCUGGCAUGGGGUGUUGCGAAACGAAGAUCCCCCUGGGCUGAACAACUGACUCUGUGGGUGGAAAGCUAUAACAACCAUAUUUACGUAUGGGACUUUAACCCCUGCGGCUUCGCCUCGUUGUUAGGGAGGAGUCGUGGUGAACUUGCAAGUCAAAACCACGACACUUUUGCAUGCAAGGAAAUACCACCUGCCAUAACUGGUCUAUGGGUUUACAUUUGCCGGUAUAUUAAUGAGUGCGAUACAACCCCUGUAAGAAUGGACAGUGCACAAAUCUACAAGGAAAUUACUCUUGUUCCUGUGAUAGUGGCUACCGCAACCAAGACCAGAUUACGUGCAUCGAAGUUCCCUCACAAACACGCUUGA